GUCAUGCGCGGUGGAGCCUUUCCAUUGUCGUGGUGUGUCUGUGAAGGUUAACGCGUAAACUGUAGCUAAAACAUAUCUGAAAAUAAAUGGAGCCACAAUAGUAAUUUGAUCAAGGUUGGAUACGUUUCAUCGGCGGUUAUACGUAGUUUACAGUAGUCCUCCGUGAGCACAGACUCAGUUCUGCAGCCAUGUCCAACUACGCCAUCCGCAUGGCCAGGCUGAGCGCUCAGAUCUUCAGCGGGGUCGUGCGUCCGACAGACUCCAGAUCCAUGAAGGUGGUCCAGAUGUUCCAGGAACCUCCCAUGGCCCAGAGGAAGGAGGUGUAUGAGUGGUACCCACAUCACAAGAUCUACUUUGCCAUGACCCAGAAGCUCAGGUUCAUGGGACUGUUCAGAGAUGAGCAUGAAGACUUCAAAGACGAAAUGAGUCGCCUGAGGAAACUAAGAGGGAAAGGGAAACCGAAGAAAGGAGAGGGGAAGAGAGCGGGCAAGAAGAAAUGAGCCAGAACUUUCCUGCUCCUUGAUCCUUUUUACAGGACUUAUGAUAUUAUGUUUUUUUUUGGCGGAAGACAGCAGUGGACUGUAAACUCUCUGUGUGUGUUUGUAUGUGUGAAGGGCCGGGCUGCUAAUCCUGAAAGAAUUCCAUUGGUCGGGUCAUGACUGUCCUGUUGCUCUGUCUGAAGCGUCACUAUGCUGGCAUGAAGAAAACCUGGGGUCAGCGUGAUACGUGAAACAUUCUCAUCUAUGUCUGACGUACUGACGUGAAUUCCAGACCUCGUAUUGUUGAACAUGCGCGGUCGUCUGCAUUUGAGUUGCAGGGGGUGAAACGGGACAGAGAAGGAAGUAGACCAUCGAAUGCUGAUUAUUUGCUUUAGAGAGUACACAUGACAAAGUGAGGCCUAUGGUCAUGCCUUUUCAAGAUUUGUGUAUUAAUAACACAUUUUGGACUAUUGUACCAUUACAUGUUGUUAGCCAAUGCUAGCUUCACUGUGAGGGAAUGGCUGGAAACUGAUGUAAAGAAACACACAUCUUUCACGUUUUGAAAAUAAAGUCAAUGUGAAAAAUG